AUGGAGACGGAUGAACAGCAACCCCAAUUUGUGCCUUUCACCAAGGCUGAGCGCAUUGAGCAAUUAGGCGAGAUCGAUCGGAGCAUCGUAAGCCUGCUACGUUCCACUGCUCAAGCUAUUCAAACCCUCGGACGGCAACAAUCCCAAGGAGAGGAUACUAUCAUGACAGGCGACAAAGACCAGCAAUCACAGGUCUUCCAAAGCUCGAUGAACGAUUUCCUCCGUACAUUACGAGCCGUUAACGUCGGUAUGAAACGACAGAUAUGGGGUCUUGAAGAGGAGCAUAUAGUAUCACUGGAAAAUAAGGACGGCCCUAACACUAGGGAUGAGGGCGGCGAGGUACAGGGAGCUAGUAAUCGCAAUGUCCCAAUCAAGCCGGAUGGAGAUGGGAAGAUUGGUGGACUCGAUGUGGGCUGGCUUAACAGCCGAAGCGACGAGGUUGAGAGGGGUAUGGAGACUGAUCUCUGGGCCGAGGCCGAAUCAUUUCUACAACGGAUUCUAGAACAACAAAGUUCUACAAAGACUCAAGAUGCCGAGACCUCGCAGCAAUCUCAAUCUUCUGUUAAGUCGUCCACCAGCCGCCCUUCCAGAGGUCCAGUGCGUCGCCUAGUAGCCCAGCCGACAAAACUCGAAGCUGUCGAUGAUCCUCUAGGUCCUUUAGGUCCUUUAGGGGCCAUUGCUGGCCCAGGCGCAGAUGCGCAGGCUGAUGAACCACCGGCUCCACCGCAGAAAGAACAGAUGGUAAUUCGAACAACCAUGCCACCACCGGCGCAAAAGAGACCGGGACCUGCGGAUCCUCACCACAUUGACGAUGAAGACUUCGACCGCCCGGUUGGCCCAAGAGCACCUCCUCCUGUACAGGCUGCGCAGCCAAGCCCAAUCAGGCCCUCGAGUCAGCCUAGCGUUAGCAUAGAACAGGCAGCUAAGCCCAGCUUCCGUAUUGCUGUCGGCGACCCACACAAAGUCGGAGACUUGACGAGUUCACAUAUUGUCUAUUCCGUUCGUACCCAGGUAUGGCCAAGUACCCGGACUGAUACUUAUGAAAGCGAGUCCUUUAAUGUCGAUGUCAAACACAAGGAAAGGAGAGAGCCCAUACCCGGGGAAAGCAAAGGCGUUCUGGGUUCUCUUGGUAUCAAUGUUGGAGGUGGUAGCAAAUUUGUCGAACAAGACGAUUGGUUUCACGAUCGACGAGUUUAUCUAGAUGCUUUAGAAAAUCAGCUCAAGGCAUUAAUGAAGUCUAUGGAUGUUAUGGUUAACCAACGCAAAGCCAUGGCGGAAGCAGCAGGCGAUUUCUCUGCCUCCUUACAUGCUCUAUCGACUGUAGAACUAAGCCCUACACUUUCUGGGCCUUUAGAUGCCCUAUCGGAUCUGCAGCUUACUAUACGAGACGUCUACGACCGCCAAGCCCAACAGGAUGUGUUGACUUUUGGCAUCACCAUCGAUGAGUAUAUUCGAUUAAUCGGUAGUGUCAAGCAAGCAUUCACGCAGCGGCAAAAAGCUUUCUAUUCGUGGCACAGCGCCGAAUCUGAGCUACAGAAGCGCAAGUCCGCUCAGGACAAACUACUUCGACAAGGAAGGUCGCAACAGGAUCGCCUCAACCAGGUUGGCGCAGAGGUGGCGGACGCCGAACGUAAGGUUCAUCAGGCUAGGCUACUUUUCGAGGAUAUGGGGAGAUUGAUGCGAUCUGAGCUUGAUCGUUUCGAGAGAGAAAAGGUAGAAGAUUUCAAGUCUUCUGUCGAGACUUUCUUAGAAAGCGCCGUUGAAGCGCAGAAGGAGUUGAUUGAAAAGUGGGAGACGUUCCUGAUGCAGCUAGAUGCUGAGGACGAUGAGACGGUCUUUUACCGUCCACCUGUCUACCAGAGUAAUGAUAAGUCUACUGGGCGCGGAAACACCGCAGUCGAUCGAGCACGGGCUACCAUCGAUCAAGAUUCAGACUAA